AUGUUCUCCUCGGCCCUCCCCCGGCUCGCCACCAGGGCCUCGGCGCGGGUGCCCGCCCAGGCCUUUGCCAAGGCUCGCUUCAACUCAACCUUUUCGAAGCCCGCCGAGUCGGCCUUCGCGUCGCGGACAGCCCUCUUCGGCGCGACCGCUGUCGCUGUCGGCACUUCGGCGUGGUACGCACACCUCUUCGGCAUCCCGGGUCUCCAGGAGGCCAGCGCCAACACGGCUGCCGAGGUCGGUCUUCACCCCGCCGCCUACCCCUGGCCCCAGAACGGUAUCUUUGAGACCUUUGACCACGCCUCGAUCCGCCGUGGCUACCUCGUCUACCGCGAGGUCUGCGCUGCCUGCCACUCGCUCGACCGCAUUGCCUGGCGUAACCUUGUCGGCGUCUCGCACACCGCCGACGAGGCGAAGGAGAUGGCCGCCGAGUUCGAGUACAAGGACGGCCCCAACGACGAGGGCGAGAUGUUCGACCGCCCAGGAAAGCUCUCCGACUACAUGCCCGCUCCCUACCCCAACGAGGAGGCUGCUCGCGCGGCCAACAACGGUGGUCUCCCUCCCGACCUUUCUCUCAUUGUCAAGGCCCGUCACGGCGGUUCCGACUACAUCUUCUCGCUCCUUACCGGCUACGUUGACCCCCCUCCCGGCGUCACCGUUGCCGAGGGCAUGAACUACAACCCCUACUUCCCAGGCGGCGGCAUCGCCAUGGCCCGUAACCUCUUCGACGGCCUUGUCGAGUACGACGACAAGACCCCCGCUACCGCCUCGCAGAUGGCUAAGGACGUCACUGUGUUCCUCAACUGGGCCGCCGAGCCUGAGCACGAUGACCGCAAGAAGAUGGGCAUGCAGGCCGUCAUCAUCAUCUCGACUCUCACCGCGCUGUCUCUCUACAUCAAGCGCUUCAAGUGGACCGGCCUCAAGAACAGGCGCAUCCACUACCGCCCGCCCGUUUCCAAGUAA